UUUUUUUGAAUAAAUUUUCUUUCGAUUUCCAGCAUUUAUCGGCAGCCAGACGGUACAUAUCAGAAGAGCCGGAUCGUGAUUUUGAGAAAUCAUUCGUUAGGCAUGGAGGAACAGUUCAUACUCAGAGUUACGCCUUCUAUUGCCGAGCGAAUCGAGCGUCUGUUGAACGAAAACUCUUCUUCUUCCGAGGAUAAAUCGCUGGAUUUGUCUUUCUCUGAGGAUGGGAGGAGUGGCACGUUUCUCAUUGGCAACGACCAUUUUCCUGCAUCUCUUCUGGAUCUUCCUUGUGUCCUGGAGUCAUACAAAACUUAUGACGAUAGUGUGCUAAUCAAAACUGCUGACAUUGGUCAAAUGAUUAUGGUGCGAGAAGAAGGUGAUACUGCUCCAGAUGUGGUGGAGUAUCGACAUGGCCUCACUCCUCCAAUGAGGGAUGCCCGAAAGCGAAGAUUUCGUCGGGAGCCAGACCUAAAUCCUGAGCUUGUGCGGCGUGUUGAGAGAGAUUUAUUAAACAUCAUGGCUGGUGGCACAGCUGAGAAUGUGGAUGUUGAAGUAGCUGAACAAGAGGAAGAUGGUGACGAGCAUGCUCGUAAUGCAAGGAAGAAAUCUGCACCUGCACCCAUACCAAAACCUGAUGUUCCUGAGGCUGGAGCCAAUGCUGGGGAGCCUGACAGAAGCGAGUCUGAUGAGUCUGACGAUUCAAUGUAAUUUUACAAAUCCUCAUUCUGAGCUUAAACUAUGUGUAUAUCACCGACCAUAGUUUUUGUAUUCAUCUUUUGUGUGGUGUUAAUCCAAGACAGGAACCAUUGCUAACUAGCUUGCUGAAUAGGCUCCAAGUUAGUAUGGGUUUAGUUUUUAGCUCCCUCCAGCUUUUGGUGGUUCUGUGUUUUGUUUAUAUUGGCGUCUUUUGUCAUACUUAUUUCUUAAGAAAUCAUAAAUGAAGAGUAGCAUAUAUCCAUUUCAAUGCCUA